CUGGGAAAUUGAAGAGUCCUCAAGCCAUAAAUUUUGGUAAGCGUUGGCUUUUGAAGCCGCUCGCACAUAUUUCAAAGCUCUCCGACUCCCAUGGCUUCGAGCUGUAUCUCUCAAAAGCACUUAUUCUUGCGACUCCUCAUCCCGAUUUCGCUCGACCAUUAAAGCACUUAUUCUUUCACCCGAAAGAUACAACCCGAACCUUUUUUUCCCCAAACAAACCAUGCUUUUUUUUUUACUCAACUGCUUUUUUGAUGUCUCUUUUCUUCUCUCUCUUCCUUUUUUUUUUCCUUCUUUAGUGGAUUCCCUCUUCCCGCACUAGCUGCCUCUCUUAGCCCUGAAGGAAAAGAGACGCUUCAGGGGUUAAGAUAAGACCAAGAGAUCUCCAAUACCUUCUUUCUUCCAUCUAACCAUCGUUUAAUGGAUCCUGUGCAGCACGACCUAAUGGAUACUUCGGUGCAAGAGCGGAGGGAAGGCCGGCUGAUCCACCGAGGAGAAGGAGAAGAUUCCUUCUUCUCAGCAUUCGAUGCCAUCGAUGCCGACGGGCUCGGCGAAGCCCUUGACGAUGACGAGAACCUUGCGCAGGAACUACAGCUCCAAGAGGUGCUCAUGGUCUCCACCAAGUCAACAAAUCCACACGUCGAGACUGGCGAGCCCUUGGGUCCUUCUCUUCCCUGCUGCUGUGUGAUCUGUGAGAGACCGCUGCCGUCGCCGGAGGUUUUCCGAGCAGUGACAUGCUCUCAUGCGCUCUGCCGCGCUUGCUUGGACCAGUAUAUCGAAGCAGAGCUCCAGAAGGAUGUUUCUUCUGUCAAAUGUCCCCGUGCAGGCUGCGACUUGGUGCUCGAGCCCGAACCUUACAUGGGUUUUGUUCGGCCGGACGUCUUCGAUAGGUGGCUCGAUGCCCACCAGAGAGGUGAUCAGAGGAAGAGCAUUGUUCUAGUGGAACCGCAUCCAAGCGUAGAGCAAGGCGAAGCUGCCAUCUUCCAUGUCUCCAUCCAAGGAGAGUUCAGCCGCCGCGAUCUCCUCAAGCUCGCAAACACCUUGCUUGAUGCUGCGGCGGCACCGGGAGAUGGCCCGGGCAAUCCAAAGGGGAAGCAACCGAUCAUCGAAUCUCCUCAUCCCGUGACGGAGAUCGGGCAGUCGUCUAGCGCUUCGCAGGACGUCGACAGCGAGUUCUACUGCGCUAUCUGCAUGGAUCCGAAGCCUCUUCACGAGAGCUUCGACAUAAAUGGUUGCUCCCACAAGUUCUGCACGAGCUGUGUGAGACUCUACGUCACGGCGAAGGUUGGGGAGAAUUCGAUCACGAUCGGUUGCCCUGACCCGGCAUGCAAAGAUGGGAAUCUCGAGCCCGAGAAGUGUCGGUCGAUCCUCCCAGGAGAAGUGUUCGACCGUUGGGGCGUCGCUCUGUGUGAAUCGGCGCUCGGGCCGGCGAAGUUCUACUGCCCGUAUAAGGACUGCUCGGCGCUGCUACUCAACGAAGGUGGCAAUGGCGACGAGCAGGUGAUGACAGAUGCGGAGUGUCCUCAUUGCAAGAGAGUGUUAUGUGCUCGGUGCAGCGUGCCAUGGCAUCAUGGCAUCAACUGCGAGCAGUUUCAGCAGCUGGAGGAGGAUGAGAAGGGCGAGGGGGACCUGAUGCUGAGGCAAUUAGCCAACACAAGCAGGUGGCAGAGGUGUCCCGAGUGUAAGAUCUAUGUGGAGAAGAUUGAAGGUUGUAAUUUUAUGAGCUGCAGGUGCGGUCAUUGCUUCUGCUAUGUUUGCGCAUCUCCAAUGCGGAAGGAUAACCAUUACUGCAAUAAUUGUUUGGGUGUUGCGGAGCAACCUCAUGCCCCUGCUUAAUAAAAAUUUAUCAGAAAUCCUUUGUUUAGUCAUUUUUUAUCUUUUUUUUCCUAAACUAGAUUGUUUUGCAAGAUAGAGGCAUAUAGAAAGUCCUUGUUCUUUUGAGUGACAAUAGAAGGAUGUUGUUCACUGGGGCGGUUCUAUUCACAUGAAAGUUUGAAUCUUUCUAAGAAACAUAGCAUGUUUUUGUACAUAAUUUGUGCACAACAGUCAUGGUUAUGAAUGAGAUGGUGUAUCUCCCUUGGUUACUUUGGGAGAUUAGUUUGUUUCUCCUUGCGUAGCUGGGGCCUUCAUGGUUGACACGGACAAAUAGCCUUAACCAAGGCUGAACCUAGGCCAUUGUUGCAGCAUUUGGACUAGAAGCAGAACAAGGCCAAGAUCCCUUGAAGGACCAAAGGUCACCAUAGCACACUUCCAUGAAGGCAGUUGAGGUGGAUGCUUUUGCUCUCUACAUGGGGUUGGUCCAACAGCUUGCAGGGCAAAAUCAUGGACAUUUUAGUGAGGUUAAAUAUUAUCGGAAACCUAGAUAUA